GCGGCGGCUGCAGGAGCAGCAGCAGCGGCGAGUACCCUGUGCCCCGCGUCCCCGAAGCAGCCGACUGCGCCACCCCCACCCUCUCACGGCCGGGCGGGACCCGUGCCGCCAGCCCGGACCUCCGCCGGCCCGCGGCGACCUAAACCCCGCCGCGACUACUCCGGACCGGUCCGCGGAGUUUGCCCGCCGGGUAGGGAGGCCGAGCGGCGGAGCGCACUCCUGCUUUUUUUUCCCCCCACCAUCUCGUGGAUGUCGCCCCCCGGGUCGUGAGAGAACUUUGCAGCGGGCUGGAGCGCCCUUUGCAGAGAGGCAGACGAAGGGAAGGAAAGAAAGAGGGCCCAGGAAGGGGCUUGGAGGAAGAGUCCGGUGCGGCCGUGCGGGGCGAGUGCGCGCGGGGCGCGGCGCCCGGAUGCACCCCGGGAUCGAGGAGCGGCGGGCGGCUGCGGGACUGCCCUCCGCGGUGUAGCCCCGCCGGGCCAGGAGGGUUUGUGCAACCGCGGAGAACACCGAGUGUCGGUCGCACGGGGCGUGCCGAGCCGCCUCCCGGCGCGCCCUCCGCACUUUCCCCGCCUCGUCGUCAUCCCGCGCUCCUCCGCCCGGGCUGAGGCAGCGGAGCGCCAGGCGCGGAACCUCCGCCGCCCGGACCUCGCUCCUCACCGCCUCCCGGGAACCCACGAACGCCCGGCUGAAGGCGCUGCCCUGACCCGCAGCGGUCGGUCCCGAACGUCGCCAGGUUUGUUUGUGUGGGGUUAGCCGGGGGCGCCGGGCCACCUGCACCUCGCCCGCGGCCGGCGCCGCGGGUAAAACCCGGAGAGGAGGCGGACCGGGAGAAGAACGAAGAAAAGCAGCCCGCCUGGAUUUGUUUGCUCGGGACGGGGAUCGCCGAGGGGAGCGCGGCCGGAGUCACCGCGCCCCCACCUCUCCGCCUGGGCAGCAGAGGCCCGUGGGUUGGAUCACAGCCCCCGCGCGCUCUUCUUGGGCGCCGGCGUCACCGCGCAGGUUCUUGGUGCAGUCGGGCCCCGGGUGCCCCGCGAUGUGGCCCUGAGCGAGGGAACCCGCACCGGCGGGAACAGGAGCAGCCGAGUGGCCGGUGCGCCCCGCCGAGCGCGCUUGCGUGCGUGGCCAGCGCGCUCCCCGCGCUCGGGGUUUCUGCCUGGCCUCUCGGCUUAAUUUUUCUCGGCGGGAUUAAAGUUGGAAAUUGAGCGGAGAAUUGAGUUGCCCGGAAACAGAGCUACGGCCGCCGCCAGAGCGAUGUUCCCGCAGAGCCGACACCCGACGCCGCACCAGGCCGCAGGCCAGCCCUUCAAGUUCACUAUCCCGGAGUCCCUGGACCGGAUUAAAGAGGAAUUCCAGUUCCUGCAGGCCCAGUAUCACAGCCUUAAAUUGGAAUGUGAGAAACUGGCGAGUGAAAAGACAGAAAUGCAGAGGCACUAUGUGAUGUAUUAUGAAAUGUCAUAUGGAUUAAACAUAGAAAUGCAUAAACAGGUAAGCUUUAGUUAA